GUACGAUUCUAACCCGCAAACCAAACCUCUAUGAUUUAUGUUUUCAGAUUUGCAAGUUCAGGACAGUGGCUGGUAUCGGUGCGUUGCACGAGUUGGACAAACGAUAGCAUCGUCCGCCUGGAGUGCAUACUUGACGGUCGAAGAUAAUCUCCCCACCUCGCAACAGCGCAUCUUCAACGGCGAGCUUCUCCCAGCAGCGCUCGGCUCGCCGAAAGCCCUCAACAUCACAAACAGUAACGUUACCCUGGCCUGGCCAAUUCGCAGCACCAGUGGCCCUCUGCUCACCUACACAAUCGAGCAGUACGGUCUGGACGAUUCCGACAACCUUCCUCCAACGUCAUCGCAAACGGCUGGCGGUUGGCAGAUUGCCCUUCGUCAACUGGCUGGCAACACUGCCACCGUCACCGGACUGCGACCGGAUACGUCCUACCUCUUCGUAGUCCGAGCCGAAAAUGCGUACGGCUGCUCGGGGCCAUCUGCCGUUUCGGUGCCGAUUCGCACGCUGUCAUCCGACGACCGGGUGACAGUACCCGCCGAGAUGGAAAGCGCCCGGAACGUACUGAGUGGAAAGAUUUUGGAACUGAUUGACAUUAUCCCGCUAUCAUCGACGUCGGUUCGACUGGAAUGGCUGUUGCACGUGAGCACGUCUGAGCAGUUCGUCGAGGGAUUUUAUGUUCGCUAUCGGGAACUGGACUCGCACUCGCAACGCUACUCAAUGCUU